CUUGUUUCGAAAUAAUCGAAAGCAUCGGAUCACCAUUUUGAUCAACUGACAAUGACAACUGCACCAGAUCUCACGAAGGUGGUUUUCAACCCGUCCAAGUCCGUGACGUUUGCUCCAGUUGAGAAGAAACAGGCUGUUUCGAUUGAGGUGAUUAACAAUUCUACUAGUGAUGUGGCAGUCAAAUUCAAGAACACUGGACCAAAUGUCUACAAGACACAACCACCUCAAGCGAAGAUCGGAGUCGGAGAGAAGAAAGUUUUCAAGUGCAUCUUCAAAGGGCUUCCCAAGGAAAAGUGCAAGACUAAUGACAGAUUCACCGUAGUCUACAUUGCUGCUUCAAAGAAUGUAGUUAUCGAAAAAGCAUGGAAAAAUGCGCACAAAACUUGUACAAUGAAGCACAAGAUUGCCAUUCUUUUCCAAGGAGUCAAUGAUCAGAAAGAGAACGAAACACAGCAACCAACGAAUAACGACGACGAUGAGGACAAGGAUCGUCAAGGACAGUUGCGUUCGAAGAGUAAGGUCGAGACUGCAAAGGGCAAGAAGGCGACUGUGGUGAUGUUCGUGAGAAAGGAGGGUGAUUCUGUAUCGGAUGAGGAAGAUGACGAAGGAGCUGUCGAAGGAGCUGAGCAUACAAAUCCUGCUGGAGUUGCUACUUCUAACGAAGCUGGAAACAUGAGCGAGCUCCGUACAACUCGUCCUGCUGGAGCAUUUACUGGAGUUGUUGCCUCAAACGACAAUCCUAUGAGCGAACUCCGCACUACUCGUCCAGCUGGUAAUUUCUCUGGUCAAACAGCUUCAACUCCAGGAGGAGCUGUGGAUCCGAAAAGCAUGGGGCUCAAAACCACUCGUCCGGCCGGAGCAUUCACUGGUCAGGUGGCUUCGAAUGGAUCGACUGAUGGGCAAGAAUUGAGAACAACCAAACCAGCUGGAACAUACGACAAUCCACAGAAGAAAAAUCAAAAGUGAACUCUAUUUGUAAAUGUGAAAAGGAACCCAGAACUUGAAUGAAUUUUUAGAAAUGAG